AUGGCAGGACAAUGGAAUCCAAAUGCCAAUACCAGAAAUAAAACAAAUAAACAUUCACCAGUUCACGUCUACGGACCGUCGUUGAAUGGAAUUCAUGAUCAUGUUCAUCAGCCUCUUUCCGAAGAUAGUAAAAUAGUUACUUCAGGUGAAAACAAUAUCGACAGUAUAGACUCGACACAAGAAUUCGUUUCUGUUUUACACAAUGACUCUGAAAAUUCUGAAUCAAAUCAAGUAAUACGUCCUUCACUUGACGAUGUUCAUUCGUACGUACAUGAACAUGAAAAAGAAUUAUCUUUGAACCAAAAUAAACAACAAACAGCAGGUCCUUCUUUAGAUUCUAUACAUGCCCAUGUACAUAAACAUGUAAACAAUGAUAAUCAAUCUCUUUCACAAAAAUUUUUAAUGGUAAUACAACCGUCCAUUGAUUUUCUUGAUGCACAAUUACAUGAUGGACACGAACAUAUUCAUGACAUUAAUCGAGUACAAUCGAAUAAAACAAAUGGGACAAAAGCAGCUGAUUUAGAUGAUUUUCGUGAAUGGUUAAGUGAACAAAAUAAAACAGAUCAAUAUCAACGUUUCCUUAAUUUACAAAAAGAAGUUACAAUUUACUAUGAAAAAAUGAUUAAUGAUAAAAACUUGACAGAUAAAUUAAAUCGAACAAUUGAAGAAAUAAAAUUAUUUCAAAAACGUCCAAAACACGAUCUGUAA